AAAUUUAAAUUUGGUGAUAUCAUAGAUAAUGACCAAGUCUUCUUAGUCUAGUGGUAAAGAGAUUUUAAUUGGAACUUCUGCCUUGGAGUCGAAUCAUCUAGCUGCACCUUUAACGAUAGGAUUUCUCCUGGUUAUACUUAUACACCGACGGUAAAGAAGACAAUAAUGAUGACUGUUUUUGCUCUUCAGAAAUGAUGUCAUUAGCUGCCAAGAGCAAGCUUAUUGGUACUCUACCUAACAACCAUCAAUGGGAGACACUUACUCUACCUAACAACCACCAACAGACACUUACUCCUGGGAAUACACGAAGACAGGGCAUUAUACGGUCAAAUCGGCAUACUGGGUCGAAACGGAAGUGAUGUGGCGUGAGAAAGAGAAUCAGGAAGUACUACAACUAAGCUUUGAUGCUAUCUACCAAAGGGUGUGGAGCUUAAAUAUCAGUCCAAAAGUGAAGCACUUCCUGUGGAGAUGUCUAAAUAACGCACUUCCGGUGACAGAUAAUAUGGCUCACAGACACAUUGCAAACGAUAGAAGAUGUAGCAGAUGUGGAAAAGCGGCUGAGACGAUCAACCAUAUGUUGUUCCAAUGCCAUUAUGCACGCCGGCUCUGGGCAAAAGCCAAUGUACAUACUCCCCCUCCAGGAAUAUGGGCAGAGUCUCUUCAUACAAACAUCCAUUGGGUCUUAAAUCUAAAACAAGAGUACCCAAAGGAUCAAAUAGAUGAGUCUCUUGCCCCAUGGAUUUUAUGGAGAUUGUGGAAGAAUAGGAACGAAAUGCUAUUCAGGGGAAAAGAGUAUGAAAUCUCUGAAACUGUGGAGAAGGCUUGGGAAGAUGUCAAAGAAUGGCAGGACAAAAAGGAGGCGAAAGUGGAAGUGGUUAAAAAAACCACAACAGAGAAACCGGAUAGGAAAUGGAUACCACCAGUACCAACUUGGCUUAAAUGCAAUACAGAUGGCUCCUGGGAGAAGGAGACGGAUCAAGGUGGUGCAGGCUGGAUAACGAGGGAUCACACCGAGAGUCUGUUGUGGGCGGGGGCAAAGAAAAUGGUAGGGAUGGGAUCGGCACUGGAUUCAGAGGCUGAAGCUCUCAGAUGGGCUAUCUGCACGAUGAAUGGGUUCAUGUAUAAAAGAGUAAUCUUCGAGACUGACUCUCUUGUGCUGCAGAAGAUGAUACGAGGAGAAGAAGAGGUCUGGCCGAGAAUGAGAUCCAUUAUCCAGGAUAUCCAGUCCGUACUAUCCCGCCAGAGUGAGUAUGUAGUGGAGUAUUAUUCCAGAAGUGGUAACAAAGUUGCAGAUAGAAUAGCGAAAGAGACUGCUGCGUUUACGUCCAUUGUCCCUAAGUUGUAUUCUAUUGUGCCUGUUUGGUUGAAUCCCUGUGUGGAGAUUGAAAAGCUUUUGUAA